AAGAGGAAAUUCAAGACAAUGAAUGCCAAUGAACUCCCCUUUGGAAUCCUGCUUCUGUUACAGAUCACCAUUGGGAUUUUGGUAAAUGUAUUUCUCCUCCUAUUUUAUGUCCACUUGGGUUCCACCACUCAUAAACUCAACUCCCCAGACCUGAUCCUUGCCCAGCUGUCCUUGGCCAACACCAUAAUUCUUCUUACCUUUGGGAUAAGAGAGACUAUGUCAGCUUGGGAACUGAGAAAAUUCCUGGAUGAUGUGGGAUGUAUAAUCCUCCCUUACCUUUACCAAGUGUCCCGGAGCCUGGCCAUCUGCUCCACCUGCCUUCUGAGCAUCUUCCAGGCCAUCACCAUCAGUCCCAGCACCUCCUGGUGGGCAGCAGUCAAAGCCAAAUUACCCAAGUGCAACAUCCCCUCCUGUGUCCUCUCCUGGAUCCUCAAUAUGCUGAUGGAGUUUGAUAUUGUGAUGAACCUAACAAGCCCCCAGAACGGCAGCGAUGUCCGAAUCAUAUUAGAUCUCAAAUACUGCACCAGUGUCAGUGAAGAUAUUCCCCUUAUAAUUUCAAUCGUGCACUCCUUCCGGGAUCUGUUCUUUGUGGGACUCAUGACGGUGGAGAGCGGAUACAUGGUGUUUGUCCUGCGCAGACAUCAACGGCUGUUUAGGCACCUUCACGGUCCUGGCCACUCCCCCAGGGCGAUGACUGAGGUCCGAGUGGCCAAGAGAGUCAUUGCCCUGGUGACCCUCUAUGUCCUCUUCUAUGGGCGGCAGUCAAUCAUGCUGAGUACUAUAAUGAACAUGAAAGAAAAUUCUCCUCUGCUGGUGAAUGCCCACAUGGCUUUAGGAUUCACCUUCUCAGUCAUUAGUCCUUUCUUGAUUAUUCACAGCGACAGGAGAAUGAGAGCAUUCUGGAUCAGAGAAUCUCUUGAUUUCAAUAUGGCUUCCUAA